GAACGAAUAAAAAGAAAAGAGAAAAAGAAAAAAUGAAAAAAUUCCGGGAACGAGACUGUAUCGUAUUUGCAUAUCGGUUCUCGAGUCCUUUGGAGCCUGAUGAAGCCUGAUGGAGCCUGAAAUCUGAAUGCCGCCUGAAAACGAGCCGGAGACGGUUUUCAUUUGAUAAAAACAAAAUUGGCCCUCUGGUGGAAUCUAAAUGAAACUUUGUAGUGUGACGAAAGAGAUAGCAAUAGAAAAGUAGGAAGACGUCUAGUGAGUGGAAGGACGUGUGAGGACGUGUUAUCGUCCGAAAAAUGAUGUGAAGUUUGAAAAGUCGCGAACGUAAUCGUUGUUUCGCCCUUAUGUACAGACGGUUUCAAACGAAAUUGAUCUACGUGAAAGUGUUACGUAUUCGAACACAUUAUAUCGUGUUGUUGUGAAGGGACUGGUUAUCGUAUAGGUUAUAAUAAUAGAUAGGCAUGUAAAAUGUCAUAGAUGUAACAUUUGUAAAAGAAGAGUGGCUAAUAAAUGAUUCUACUGUUAUUUCCAAUAAAUAACAUUGAGAACGACUGAAAUAUCAUCAUCAAUAUAUUAAUCGGUAUGAUGUGAAUUAUUUACCUGUGAUACGAUUAAUGCAAAGUUAAACAAUGUGGAUGCACGAGCGGAAAGGAAUAAUCGAAGACGGAAAUGAAACAACCGAAGAUAAUUAGAAUAAGCUUCCAUGUGUAACCGUCGGUGGCAGAGGUGGAAUUCACAGCGAAGAUAAGAUCUUUGCGAACCGUGCAACUCUUUAAUUGCACAAGUUAAUUACUGCGCACCACUCAGUGCAAUAACGAUGACGACUUUAGACUCGCAGGCCGAUAAAACUUUAUGCCAUCUCGAUAAGGUUUCGAGCACGGAGUUGGCUGAAAUUUCGUUCGAGUGUGGAAUCUAUGACGGAUUAAGUCCAUUGGAAAAUCAGGUAGCUGGACACAUGUUUGACGACAAACGACGCACCAUCGGCAUGUUACGUAGACCGGACGGUCGGGUGCUGAAACCUGUCGUUAAACCAUUACUUGGCAAAAGGGAAAUCGCAUUCUACGAAAGUUUACAAGCAUCCCAAGAUCCCGUCAUGUUACAAUUGAAGAAUUAUGUUCCAAAAUAUUACGGCACGACAGAAUUGCAAAUAUUCGGCAAACGAGUAACGUUCCUCACGCUGAAAGAUAUUAUCCAUGGUAUGGCGGAACCGUGCGUGAUGGACAUAAAAAUAGGUAGACGAACGUGGGAUCCCUUGGCCACGCCUCAAAAAAGAGCAACGGAAGAAUUGAAGUAUGCCGAAUCGAAACGCACUUAUGGAUUUUGCAUUACUGGCUUUCACGUCUAUUGUUUGUCUUCCGGACAAUUAAAAAAGUUUGGCAAACAUUACGGGAAAACACUCGAUGCCAAGGGUGUCGUGGAAGCGCUGAAAAUGUUCCUGAACAUACGUCCAGAAAGACCGCCCUGUCGUCAAUUGAUUGUGCAGCUUCUCUCUUUCCUGUGGAAGAUCUUACUAUUCUUUCGUACCCAGCGGUUGUUCCGCUUUUAUUCUAGUUCUCUAUUGGUGGCUUACGAUGCAAAAAGAUUGCGGCAUUACCUACGUCUGAAUAACACCAGCACCGAUAGAACGGGGAGCCGCGUAGCCAAAUCACUCUCUUCCAUGAGCAAUCAUGCAACUAUAUCGAAUGUGUUCAAAGACGUAAGCGACCGCGACAACGACCGCGACGCUACGAGUAACACGAGUAUCCGUGAAACGAACAGAAACCAGACCACGGAGAGGGUACACUUCAUUAAAAGGAGUAUCAGUUUGAGCAGCGAAUGCGAUUCGGUGGGGAAAGAAAAGACUCUCAACAGAAGCGGAUCCUGCAGUUCGGAUUUCCGAGUGGACCGACUUUGUCGCACUCAUUCUUACGUCAACAAUUUCGACGACGACAUUAUUAAAAUGAAAGAAGAUUACGACGCCCUGCUGAGCGAACUCAGUAGUUCUUCGGAGGAGAAGCAGAACUGGGUUAGGAUCAAUAUGAUCGAUUUCACCCACGUAUUUCCAACGGAGGAUCCAACCACUUUGGACUUGAAUUAUUUGGAAGGGAUCGAGAACUUGAUCAAACUCGUCGAAAUGUUCCUUGUGUCCAAGGAUAACGGCGCAUAAACUAUAUUCAUCGUAACGUAGAACUCGAUGUUACACGUUUCCUUUUAAAUUGCAAUACGAUGUGUUACAAAAUUUCAUUUUAUAUUCUGUAAUUAAAUGCAAUUGUUUCGCGUUAGAACCAAUCGGAAGUACGAGCAGGAGGUCGUAAUUCGCGAUAAUGUGUACCGUCGCGUUAUCGCGUGGACAAACCACGAGGUCAGGAACGUUUCGCGAAAGCUUAUCGAGUAGCGCGCAACACGAUCGAACAGGAAAAUAUUUCGCGUCGCAUCGUUUCGGAAUAUUAUUUGCGCAACCUUUCCGGUGCGAUGCUUGCAAUCGCCACGAUCACGGAAAAACUCGAAAAUUACGUGUUGAUUCCUUUCGUAUCAGAUGUAAUAUCCAUAAGAUUCGCGUUCUUCGGUGCACGUCACUUAUCGCAUUACUAAAGACUGUACUCAUUGGGUUUAUCGGCAUGUAGCCGUUCACUUAACAAUUCUCGUAGUCACCAAUUUUUUCCUCGCGUAUCGUCUAUUAUGUUACUUUCGUGCAAGUAAGAUUCUAUCAUCGCACCUACCGAACAAGAAAAUUGUUAUGUUAAUAUGAUACAAAAAAUAAAAAAAGUUAACGUAAAACUAAAAGUCUUCAUUCUUAUACUUUGUAAACGAAUAGAGGCGGACUAGAAGUAACCGAAACAUUUUCUUUUAUUAAAGUUUAUAAUCUCGUAAUAGAUAAGAGAAAAAUGGUACCGCAAACUUAACGAAAGGUCAUCGAUGAGAAUGAAUAGACGGAUGCAUGAACACUACGCGGAAAUUAGUCGUCCUUUUUAUUUGACUUUAAGAUCGUCGAGAACUUGAAUUUAAAUUAAAUGAAAUAAACGUACGAGAAUUUUUGUUUACAUAUGAGAACAGGAAACGUUCAAUUUCUUUCGAUUUCGUCUCGAGUUUUGUCUAUACCGUCCAGAAACGACGCGUGGCACGGCAAAGAUUAGUUUGGCAACGAGUUUUACCCUCUAUUCGCUGCGAUGAAACGCACGCGAUAAAUUUAGAGUCACAAUUGCGGAAAUAAAAGGCGAGGAAACGUGCACGUGCGCGCACCCGUUUAAGGGGUCAUUCCUCUGCGAAAGCUCUAAAGUUUACCAAUUCUAGUUAUCUUUUUUUAAUCAAAGGGAGUCUCGGUGCGCGUAUCGACGACUGUUUUUUACUCGUUACCACGCAUUGGAAAAAGUAUAGAAUAUAAAAGCUGGUAGAAGGACAAUCGAGUCGAAGAAAAACAUUAAGAAACGUAAGUGCACGUCUGUUUGAGCAGUGUUGCGAGCUAAACGUUUUUCAAACUUUCGCCAUUCGCCAUAGUUAACGGGGAAAUGUACUAGCUGAAAAUAAAACACAAACUGCGAUGCGAUGAAUCGUUUCGCUAUGCCGGUGCCGCGGCUCAUCGCGCCGCGCCAUAGAAAACAGUUUCAGUUUAGCCAGUAUACAUAUACGCAACACCGAACCAAGUGUUCUUUGUCGUUUGCUCAACGGCAUAAAGGAUGCAUUUACGAGACCAUUCGUAACGCAGCAUCGUCAAGGCAGGACGGCACGAUACAGCACGUAAAUUAAUCAGAAUGGAUCUGUUCGAUGUAUCUUGCGCGACCAUGACACGUGUUGCAUUACGAGCAUCGAAGAAAAGAAAAAUUACCGGAGACGAGUAAGAGUAAGCGAUAUUCAUUUGCGUAUCUAACAGCAACGAUCGAAUCGCGUAAUUUCACUUCAAUUCAUUUUACCGGUUGUCUGAAAAGUGCGAACACAUACAAAUUGUUGUGGAAUUCUCGUGAAAAUAUCCAACAAUUAAAAAUACAAAUUUUUUUGUUGUUCCAACAUGCAUAGCUGGUAAUAUACAUAUAGUAUGUAUAUAUAUAUAUGUACACUAUUCAGUUUCAACACUUUCCAUUUAUUUUCGUUCAUUGAUGUAUUUACAAACUCACAAAAAUCGAUUUUAAUCUCUGAAACGUGGAACGAAACGCUCUCGAACUGGUCCUACGAAAUUUCUGGACUGACGAUAGCGCCAUUAUAUAAAUCGUCGAGGUCAGUGUUUAUGAUAACGACUUUUUCAAUAUUUCUCACAGUUUUAAAGGUAAAUUUGUAUCGUAACAUCAAUCACCUGCGCGAAUUGUAACCGUUGAAACGCAUGGAAAAUAAAACCGUAAAGUAACUUUGUUAAACCGGCACACUUGCACGUGGAAAUUCGGUCGUACGCUGUCACAAAGGUAAGAAAUAUAAAGCGGGAAAAACGUUUCCGUCGCGCGAACGAUUAACUCGCAUUCGCGUCUUAAAUGCGAAAGUCUGAAAGAAUUUGACCGCAGCAACGGUAUCAAAGAGGACAGGUGGGCUUCGGUUCGAGCAUGGAAAAUUACGCGAUUACGAAGCGAGUUUCGAGUUCCAUUCUAAAACAAUUGACACGAACCAGCGAAGAGCGAACGAAGAGCGUUCGGUUUCGCCUUCACGGAUAUACCGUGAGUGUAUCGCUAGGCUAAACCGCUAAAAUGAUCUCAUACUUUCGGCACAGUUAUUUACGCGUAAAAUUAGCGUGAUAAUAGAACAAAGUACUCUUACGGAAGCAAAACCUUGCUGCUUUUCAAGUUUGUUCAGUGUCCUCUGUAAGAAUACUCUGCGGCAAUAUUUGGUUUUCGAAAGUCAGGGUAAAUAUACGCUUUAAAUCUUCUUUUGCGACCCCCUUUGAAACGCAGGGCACAGCGCGCAGGGCAGUACCUUUCACUUUGGAAAACACUGUUUUAGGUCGACGUUAGUAGUAAACGUAUAUAUGUUUAUGUAUAUCGUCUAUAAUAUAUAAAUACAGCACGCAUUCGGUAUAUACAAGACUCCCUCGGUGCUUUUCUGUUUAACUUUUACUACAUUCUCACUUUUACUCGUUCGUAUAAAUUUUCUUCGUUUCGCUCCCUUCUUUUCCCCUUCUGAUCGCGUUGAACUCGCGAUACUCGGAGAGAGUCCAGACUGCGCGCUCGUUUCGCGGUUUAUUUUCUAUACGCGAGUAAAAGUUGCGCCGGAACUCUGUCCGAGCGAGAACCAACCCGGCAAAUUCGUCGAACAGAAGCCUGAGCGCAACGAGCCCGAAUUAAAUCGGCUCAACUUUUCUUCCCGUCUUCGACGUUAUCGUGUAUUUUCUUUUCCGAUGCACCUACCUCCCGAUUUACACGAUUCCUCGAAAGUCGAAAUACCGUGCAAGUCGAAAACAACAUUUGCUCGAUUAUUCGAUUAAAUUUCUUUAUUUCAACGUAAAAUAAAGUAAAAUAAAACAAACGAAAAACAAAACCAAUGUAGCAAACGAUGGCAAGUAUUCGUUAUGGUAAUACCAAAGUGCGAUCAAAGUGAAUGAAAGUUUACCAGCAACUUUCAGCGCAAACGGUGUUAGCAAAGUAAAUAAAUACAUUUGAACCAACAUCGUUCCGCAAACCACCGCUUCAGAGCCAUAACUGCCUUUUUCGAUGGAUAUUUACCAAGACGUACUUCCUGACUUUUAAGAGUGUCGUUUGUCUUUGUCCCAGAUCGACGCGACGGAGAAACCGACGCCGACGCCGACGCCGAUGCCAACGGUACGUCGAAUCGAUGAUAUUUUCCUUUUCGAUUAAAUAUUACAUGAAUAUUUUCAAAUAAAAUAGUGCUUGUAUAUUUCUGCGACGUAACAAUUUCAAAGAGUAAAUUAAAUACGACGGCCAGCGAAUAAUGGGAAAAGUAAAAAGCUCGUGUCGUCGGCGUCGUUUAGCGGCUCGCGCCCGAUGAGAAUCAGCUGGUAGGAUCAGUUAUUAAAACACAAUGGUUUAAACAGUACCGUCGAGUCAAUUGGCUUGUGGCCGUUGUUCGUUAAAACGAGGAUGUAACCUCUUCUUGACUCGCGGUUGGUUGGAAUUUUUUUCCAACAGUUGGCCAGUCGUGUACAUUUAUUAAGAUCAAUUAAAUCCUCUUUUUACUGCUUAUAUGCGAAUAAAUGUGUCCGUGGUAUCGUGAAUCAUUCGUUUUCACUGCGGAACCUGGCUGUCUCGAGUGUAUCCUUUGUACGCGUUCAUUGUCAGUCUCAUUGGCGUUUAAAUUGCAUUCGUAAUAGGCAUUUGGUGUAACAUUGUGAUUAACGUAAUACGAGAAAUUAGAGCUUAAAUUUUCGCGAUUUAUACGGAUUGUUUCUUUGCAGCGUUAUAUAGUAUGUAUAAUAUUGUAGUUGAGGCAUGACAAAUUGAGGAUGUGGAUAGCUGGUUAGUGUAACAGAGACACGUCUUGGUGCUCGAUCAAGUUUUUCUUUGAUAUUAAGAAAGCACGUAUUUUAUAUUGUGCAUUUGUCGAGCGGGGAAGUUUACGGUAGGUAGUAAUAUGUACCACCACUUUAAUUGAGUUCGCCAUCGGAGCCAUUCAACGUUCAAAGAGCCAAUUUAAAAAGAGAAUCUCAAUAGAAAAAGAGAAAUGUGUGACCGUAACGAUUGUUUCUUUUUUCAUCGGAGCAUUAAUACAAUUCGUUUGGUUUAAAUAUAUCACUUUUAUUAAUCGUCAUUUUAUUAAAAUAGCACCACAAAAACAUGUAUAACAAAGAGCAAUAUAAAUAAAUGAUCGUUCGUAGAGUCUCAACGAUGCUUUACGCGUAAAGCGAAGCAACACGUAUCGAAGGAGUUCGAACGUAAGGCCACUUCCUUCUUACUCCGUAAGUGCCGCAUUCAACGAGAUAACUCUUCUAAAUUAUACGGGAGGCGUGUGCCAUUAAUAGGGAUAUAAAUUAGUAUCGUCGCGAUCAAAGAGGUCACGGAACCGCGUUCGGGGCCGAGGACGACAAAAUGAGUUUUAAGGACGACCUACGCGUCAACGUCUAUUUCAAUGCCUGCUGCCUAAAUAUCACCGACAAAGCGAAUUAUGGACUUGAAGAAUUACAACUUUAAAUUCUGACAAUUGUGCUCGAGUCACGUUAAAUUGGCCUCACUCGUCGACGCGUCAAACACCGGUUGUUGGCCGAACUUUGCCCGAAUUUACGUUCGAACAGUCUGGACUUGUUCCAAAAUGUCGAUUGGUCGACGCCUACGAGUUUCGAAACAGACGAGACUUGUCCUCGACGACUUGGUAGCACGAGAAGCGGUUGGUCGUCUACGUUAGAGGUCAAGAUUGCUUAGGCGAGUUUUCCGCAGAAAAAAUUAAACAGGAGGAAAAGAAGGUCACACCCUCUACACAUGCUUCAGCACGAAUGCCUUAUACAAUCCUGUUGCCCUAUACUCUCUCUCUCCCUCGCAUACGCGCACACACAUACACACACGCAUACGCACGGUCUUUCUCUUGUUCCUUCUGUCGGGCGUGAGAUGACACGACGCUGGGGCCAGGGAUAUUCAAAAAGGCACUAAUACUCGAAGA